AUGUCAAAACUUUUAUCCAGACUAGGCACGAAAAAGCAAGUAUACUCCUAUGAUAUCACAAUACACAGCCUUCAGCUUGCUUUAAGUCUGCCAGUCAGAAUCAACAUAAUUUGAAAAAGAAGUAAUUCUUAGCAAGGAAAAAAACGAAUUGAAACUCGCUAUAAACAUCCCCUCUCCCCAUCUGCAGGAAGUGUCGAAAUUAACGAAACUUUAACAAUGAUAAAUACUCUUUAUCAAGAAAAAAGUGGGAAAUUCAAUAGAAAAAAAGCUAUUUUGACGGUGCAAGCGAUAAUUGAUGAAAGAGGAGCAAAAAAGAUAGGAAGUCUGACGUUAAAUAUUUCUGAAUAUCAAGCUCAUCAGCUGAAUAUGCAGUAUUUUUCGCUUGAGUCUUGCCCUGAUAAGACUGCCAAAAUUUGUAUUUCUAUUAGAGCACAGCCGCUUGGGGAAGCUGUGGCUACAGAUACAGUUAGUGAAGCUUCUGGGGUGUCAGGGAUAAGCAUGGGGACUGAAGGAGACUAUAAAGGGCCUUUAUUUUUAGAUCAAGAUGCUUUAAUUGAUCAAGAAGAAGCACUUGCUCCAAAAAUUAUACAGGGAAGUCAAAAUAAGCCGCCGAUACUUAAACCUCCUCCAAUGAAGAUGCCUGAAAGCAACUUUACAAUGAAAAAAUCUAACGAAAAUGAUGAGGAAUCUAAAAGAUUAUGCCUAUUGGAAUGAUCUAAAGCACUAAUAUAGACUAGCAUCAAAAGAAUUGAUUGCCAUCUAUUCCAAAUUAUUUCCAAAAAAUUAAAAAUAAACCUGAUAACCUAUUUUUAUUAAUAUUAUGAUAUUUAAACAUCUAUUAGGUAUACUUGAUAUCAGAGCUAAAAUCUCUAUUUUAGAAAAAGAAAAUACCCAGCUUAGAAGUGAAAAAGAAGACUUAAAAGUCCAACUCGGAGUCGCAUUAGAAAAAUCAAAUAAAGAAAGAGAAAAUAAUUUUGAACUAAUAAAAAAGCUUGAUGGAGAGUUGCAAGAAACUAAGAAAAAAUGAGAAAAAUCAAGCAAAAAAAUAUCAAAAAGAGAAGAAAAAAUUUCAAAAUUAAAAUUGGUUAACGAAAGGCUACUAGAAGAUUUAAAAGAAACAGAGAAAACUGUAAACGAAGGAACAUUGGAUAAGGAAAGACUCAGAAAUGAUAAUUGGAAAUUAAGAGAAAGCUUAAGAGAAACAAUUGAUAAAUCAAAUAAGCUUCAAAAGCAGCUAGAGGUAGCUAAUGAUGAAAAUAUUAUACUAAAAGCAAACCUUGAGAAUAUUCAGCAGCAAAAUAUAAAUUUACAGACAAAUUUCGAAAACUUCCGAAAAAUUUCUGCAGAAAACGGUGACUCUUCAAUUGGAGCAGUGCCAGCUUCAUAUAAAAGAAAUUCUGAAAACUACACAAAAACUUUAAAAAUGCAGCUUGAAACAGCUAACCGUGAAAGAGAAGAAGCUUUAUCCCAACAAACAGAGCUUACACUCCAAAUCCAAAGAUAUAAAACCGAAAAAAUGAAAAUUGAAGAAAAAUAUACAGUCUCUCAUUAUUUUCUUAUUAAUAAAAAUUAUUUUAUUUAAUAAAUUAAAUUACUGAGCUCAAUAAAGUACAGAAUACAAAGACGAACUCGAAAAAAUUGAAAAAGAAAUUGAAAAACUUAGAGAAGAAAAUUACGAAUUAAAACAAAAAAAUGACCAAGAGUCGCUAGACAGAAAAAUAAAUGAAAGAAAAACACUUAUCCAAAAUGAAGACACUGAUCUUAAGCUGAGAAGACUCACACAAAAUUUCCAAGAAAUUAAAAAUAAAAAAGAAGAGCUAGAGCAGACUGUUGCAGACUAUGAAGUAAAAUUAAACCAAAGAAAUACUGAAUACCAAAGUGGGUAUUUAGAUUUGCAAUAUAUAAAAGAACAAUUAGAAAAUAAAGAAAAAGACAUUAAAAGGCUGAAAAAUGAACUGAGAGAAAAAGAAAAAGAAAUUGGGGAGAUUUAUUCGUCAAAAGAAAUACUAGAUAAUGAAAACUGUGUGCUAAGAGAACAGAUAAAAAAACUAACAGAAACAGAAUUUUCAGACCCAGCCACUUUUAUAAUGCAAGAACAAAUCCAUGAGCUGGAAAAUAGAGUGACUACACAAGAAUUCGCAUUUAAUCAAGAAAAAGCUUAUCUUAAAGAACAAAUUGAUAUACUAGAAAAACAAUUAGAAAUUAUGGAAGAAGCCAAACAAAAAGACUCAAAAAAUUUUGAAGACCAAAUUGGAAAAAUCUUAGUCCAAAAUAGGCUGUUAAAACAGCAAAUAGAAGACUCAAAAAUUAAUUCUUUAUCAGAAGAAAAAGCAAAAAAUUUCACAAUGGUCAAACUUAUAGAAGAAAAUUAUUCCCAAAAUAUCCAAAUGUACCAGCUUGAAAACAAUGACUUAAAAGCUAGACUAAAAAAGCUAGAAGAAGACUACAAAAUAAUAGAAAAAAAAUAUUUAGACUUAAAGUUCAGUAUAGCUAACUCUGAAAUGGCAAAAGAAAAUCUUGAAAAAAAGUAUAAAGAAGCCCAAGAACAGAUGAGGGACUAUUCAGCACAAUUUACCGCAAUGGAAGUCGAACUUUAUAAAGUCAAUGAGCGCUUUGGAGAAACUUUAAAUAUGAAUAACGAGCUGGAAGGAAAAAUCCACAAAUUAAAGCAAAAAUUGAAGGCAGUCAAAAAUUAA